AUGGAAGAAUCAACCCGUCGACCAUCUACACUUGAACGCAACCGGUUCACCCAGGACGGCGCAAGUGUUCAAGAUGAUGGUCGCAUUGAGAUCGAUCUAGACUCCAAAGUCGGUAGGGAAGUCUCCAAAUUGAUUCCAUUUCUACACACGGAGAAAGUUCUUCAACCAGAACAGGAGCUUCCGGGCGCGGAUGGAUGUGGCCUUGAGUUGAACAUCGUCAUUCAAGUCGUUGGCAGUCGAGGCGACGUUCAGCCGUUCGUCGCAUUAGGCAACGAGCUCCAGCGCCAUGGACACCGUGUGCGACUAGCUACGCAUGGUGUUUUUGAGAGCUUUGUGCGCGACUCUGGUCUAGAAUUCUACUCCAUCGGGGGAGAUCCCUCAGAGCUGAUGGCCUACAUGGUGAAGAAUCCAGGACUAAUACCCCAGAUGAAGUCCGUGCGAUCCGGUGAUAUCCAACUCAAGCGUAACAUGGUAGCUGAAAUCCUAAAGGGCUGCUGGGGCUCAUGUGUUGAAGAUGACUCGGUGACCAUGAUACCAUUCGUGGCGGAUGCGAUUAUCGCGAAUCCACCGAGCUUCGCCCAUAUCCACUGCGCCCAAGCACUUGGAAUCCCUCUGCAUAUGAUGUUUACUAUGCCGUGGACGAGCACAAGAUCGUUUCCACAUCCUUUGGCGAAUCUGAAGUAUUCGACCACGGAGCCGAAGAUGGCGAAUUAUCUUUCUUACGGGAUUGUGGAAUGGCUAACAUGGCAAGGCCUGGGGGAUGUUAUCAAUGACUGGAGAAAAUCCAUUGACCUAGAACCUAUAUCCGCCACAGAAGGUCCCCGCUUAGCAGAAACCUUGAAAAUCCCCUUCACCUAUUGCUGGUCUCCGACGCUGAUGCCGAAGCCGAAGGACUGGCCGGCGCAUCUUGAUGUCUGUGGCUUCUUCUUCCGCUCGUCUCCCGACUUUACGCCACCUCCAGAUCUUGAUGUCUUUCUCAAAAAUGGCCCUCCGCCUGUGUACAUCGGUUUUGGGAGUAUCGUCAUCGAAGAUCCCCCAGCCAUGACUGCAACCCUUGUCAAUGCGGUUAGGGCCUGGGGUGGCCGUGCAAUCAUAUCCCGCGGCUGGAGUAAUCUCGGUGAAGCGGAAUCGGACGAUCAGAUCUUCUACCUUGGGGAUUGUCCGCACGAAUGGCUGUUCCAGAAGGUCGCCGCAGUCGUACACCACGGAGGAGCAGGAACCACAGCAUGUGGCCUUCGCUUCGGAAGGCCCUCUGUUAUCGUGCCUUUCUUUGGAGAUCAACUAUUCUGGGGAAAUAUGGUUGCUUCACGUGGGAUUGGGCCAAUGCCUAUUCCUCAUCGAUCUUUGAACGCGGAAAACCUAGCAGAGGCCAUUCGUUUCUGCUUGCAUGCCGAUACCCUGUCGGCAGCUGGGGACCUUGCCCGCGAAAUGAGCAAGGAAGAUGGAAUUUCCGCAGCCGUCGCAUCCUUUCAUCGAAACUUACCUGUUGAAAAGAUGCGUUGUCAGUUUCUCGAGUCGGAGCCAGCUGCGUGGCAGUUGAAACAAAACGGGAAGCCCGCUGUGAAGUUGUCCAAAAUGGCAGCCGGAAUUCUGGCUGAGAAUUCGCGAAUUGAUUCAAAGGACCUCAAAUCAUAUGAAAGUAACUCAAUAUACAUUCAAACUCAACGAUGGGACCCUAUCACGGGUGGAACAUCGUCUCUACUGGGGAUGUACAAAGAUAUUCUCACGGCAUCAAGCGACGUUGUGAUCCGACCUUACAAAGAAUUCAACCGCGCUCGUCAACAAAGCGAGCCUGAGCUGGUAGUUAUUGAAUCUACGAAUCCCCAACAAUCUACUACCGAGUCUGGACCUGUCGCAGGCUCGUCGCGGAAGCCGAGUGAAAUGACGGAUGAAGAAUGGAAGGCCACAGGAAGGGCAGUGGGCGGAUCCGCCAAAAGCGUGGGGAGAAUCAUCGCAUACUACUACAAGGGCGUCCUGGUUGAUAUACCCGGCGCAGUGAACGAGGGUCUAAGGGCGGUUCCCAGGCUCUAUGGUGAAGAGGUUAAGGACUACGACAACAUCCGGGAUUUCAAGUCUGGAGUUGCUGCAGCGUCGGACAACUUUGCACAUGGGUUCUCGCAUGGAAUCAGCGAUAUCUUCCGACAGCCUUACGAGGGUGCACAGAAAGAGGGCAUCAUGGGUGCAAUUAAAGGUUUCGUGAAAGGACCUAUUGGAAUGGGCACCAAAGCCGCAUCAGGUUUGUCACAGAAUCGCUUCAAUCAUUAUUUCAGUCAUGCUAAUGGUCCUACUACAGGCGCGCUUGGCUUGGUAGCCUACCCAGGGCAGGGUCUAGCCAAGAGUCUGCACUCUGCGAUUCACUCCAAGACACGAAAGCAGCUCCUCAAAGCUCGAUUGAAAGAAUCGGAGUAUUUAGCUAGACAGUCGGCUAAGGCACAGUCAAGCUGUCCGGAUAUCCUGGAGGCAUUUGAUGCCCACCAACGGUAG